AUGAUGACAAAGAUUGGUCAGAGACCCCUCGGGUCACUGACUCCGCCCACUUAUGAAGAACGGUCUGAAGAGAAGGUAUAUAACCAAUCGGGAGACGAUAGGACAGACAUCUUCUCUCCGACUUCCCGAAACUAGAGUCUAGUCCCGGAAGAAUGCAGAACGUCUUCGUCUUCCUGAUGAUUUUCCUCGUUUCCACGGCCAGAAGCGCCAUUUUCGACCCUUAUCCGGCGUAUUCCUACGCCUUGAACUCCUUCCAACAGUCCAACGGAUAUCCCUCCCAGAACUCCUACGGAUCCUACCAACAAAACUACGGAUAUCCCUACGCGUCCUACCAGAGUCCCUACGUCAACUCUGCGCCUAUCAACCCUUACCCGGCUUAUAACUACGCCCUGGGAUCCUACCAACAAGCCAGCGGAUAUUCCUAUUCGCCCUUCAAAAGUGCCGACGGUUUCUACGCUUCCUGUGGCAAUACCGCCGCCGUCUGGGGAUGCUGA